CUCCUCCCCAGUACCAUGAAGGGAGAGACACAGCAUGUCUAUUCCAUCAAGGAUCCUGAGCCCAGCUCCAAAGAGCAAGACAAGGACUUUGAAUGCCAUGGUAAUUUGGAAGGAGGGGAGCUCAACAGUCCCCAGUCUGAUGGACUGCCCAAGGCAACCCCCCCCUUUAGCAUCAAGGACAAGGAGCCUCACAGCCAGAGGGAGGCUGUGAUCAGGCCACAACAGGCUGGGAAGAUCGACUUCAAGUCACUUCACAAUAGGCCAAAAUUGCUAAGUAAUGGCCCAUGGAGUGCUGGGAAGGGGACUCUCCAGUCUCCCACAGGGAAGAGCAGGGUCCGGGAUAAAACCCGACGGGCUGGGAAAGGGGAACGGGGCCAUCAGCAGCUCUACAGGCUCACCAUCGCCAACUCCCGGGCCAACCCCACUAUUGGCAUUGCUUACCCACAACAGAAAGUUACCCCACCAAAAAAGUUAGAGGCCAGCAAGAGACCUGCAUCAGGAAGCUACCGGUUCAAUGUCCCCAGCAUCCCAGAGCGUGAGGCUGAGCUCCAGCAAGAAGAGGUCGGCUUCAACAGGUACUUCCAGGAGGCUCCCUCUAGCCUUACCUCCACCAACUAUACCUCACAGGCCCCAACCACCACACCCCCACAUCACAGCAGGAAGGACCAGCAGCAAGCGGGCCCUCCACAGGACAGCCCCAGCCUGGGCAGGCCACCACACUAUUUGGAGUUCCAGGCAAACAGGACUGACUCCUGGCCUUCCCCUGAGAAGAGCUUCCCAGGUGCUAACUAUGAAGUCACCCCUGCCAAGCCAUGCCCCUUCCCCGAGGGCAGCAAAUCCAGCGCCCACUGUUUUGUGCCAUUUCAAUAUCCAUUCCAGGUGUCCGAGCCUUUCCCUGUUGAAGCUACCAGUCAAGAAUAUGUGGGUACUUCCCUGGCAGCUCACCACGGGGCAUUUGUUUUCCACUCUUCUUCGAGGGACUGGCAGGAAGACCCCUUGAACAAGGGUUCCUUUGACAGUUUGUCCCAAGAAGGCCGGGCCUAUUCACUCCCUUUGCAGUCAGCUCCAUUUCUGCAUCCACAGACUCAAGGAGCUCAGCUUCCAUCACCUCUGCCAUGCUACAAGGGGCAUGGAGACCCUCCCCCUGACGUGAAUGGUGCUAUCUCUUCCUCUGGUGCUAACGACCAAAACCCAACUCCAUUCUUAGAAGGCCAAGGCAUUUUCUCAACAAGUUUACAUGGUAGCAUGCCCAAAGCUGUCACAAAGAGGCAAUCCUCAGCAAAACACAGCGUCCCAAGUCUGAGGAUGCCAACUCUAAGUAACGCUCUUAGAAGGAACAUACCACAGAACUCACUCCCCCAAGUGCACUUUCCAAACAAAGUCUUUGGAGGUUCCCCAGCCAAUGGCAUGAGCCCAGCAUCCAUGCCUUUGGAUAAGGAUGGUUCCGUGGUAACCGAGGGUCACUCCAAGGUGGCCCAGCCAUGGGAUGGAGGCAAUAAGACAUUUACUACCAUAGACCCAGAUUCAGCACUUUAUUCCACCACUGCUGCUGCUGCUGCUGCUGCUGCUGCUCCCGGAAUCGGGAAUCAGUUCUCUUUUGAAUGCCAGACUAGUUCUGAGCAGAGGCCCCAUGUUCAAAAGGGUGCCCGGGUAACAUGGCAGCAGAUUCAUCUCACCUCUGCCCUGCCUAAUCCAAACAGAAUUGAACCCUCAAGACAGUUGAACAGCCAAAAGCUUUCCUUCCCUCCAGGCACAUCUGAAUGGCAAGGAGUGGGCAAGAUGCCAAAGACAGCCCACCUGCCCAGCCCUCCAGGCUAUCCUGGGAAGAUUCAUGGGCCAGGGGAAAAGAUCACAGCCCAGAGAAGUGAACCCAUCCAGCUGAAUGGGGGCCCUACGGGUGUUUAUCCCUAUGAAGGGGUGAAGGAAGCCAGCUCUCCUUCCUGUGAUUCCCGGACCAAGCCCUUGUUCUUUGGGAUAAGCCAGCCUCAGGCCUCACCCAGAAGAGCCUCCAAGCUGACUGUGGCCCUCUCCCCACCAGGAUUAGUAGCAACUUCUCCGGUCAAAUCCCCUUUGCCCUCACCCAUCCCCAAUCCCACGAGCAAUAGCACUUGUUCUCCUCUGUCACCUCUGUCUGCCAGUCCUGUUCAUCACAGCUCAGAAGAGAGCCAGCUCUCAGUCCCACUUGCCCCUUCCUCCUAUUUCCAGCCCCCCAUUCACCCAAAGGAGAACAAGACUUUCCAAUCUCCAGACCCAUCCAGUGACUUAUCCAUUCCUUAUCAAGCUGAGACCAUGAAGGCAUUUCAUUUCCCUGCAGAUGGACCAAAGGACGAGAACCUCUUUAAAUGCCUACAGGAGAGUCCGUUUCCCAGAGCAGUCACUGAUGUGAGCAAAGGAGGUCUGGACAGCUUUGAAGGCGAGCUGCCCCCUUAUUCCUCCCAUCACUUCCUAGCUAACUCGAUCAGCAGCGCUAGCCUAGACCAACUGGACGUGUUGCUGACCUGCAGACAAUGUGAUCAGAACUAUAGUAACCUCACCUCCUUCCUGGAACACCGGCAGUAUUGCGGUUUACACUCAGCAUUCCUGGCCGAGAUGCGAGAUGGCUCAAGACUGGCUGAGGGCCGAAAGCGCCCUCCAGACCUGCUGCGGGCUCCCCAGCCUGGGUCCGGGCUCACAGGGCCCAAGGGACCUUCUGAUCCUCACUCACAUUUGCUCAGCCCCAACAAGUCUACGGACUUCAUGUUAGAUGGGGAGGGUAAGGGAGAAAGCAAAGAAGACCCCUUAAAAGGACACUUCUUUACGAAUUCUUUGUCUCUUAUGGCUUCUGACUUGGAGAUAGAGGAUGCCAAGCUAGAUAGCCUGAUCACAGAGGCGCUGAACGGCCUUGAGUACCAAUCAGACAACCCGGAGAUUGACAGCAGCUUUAUCGAUGUUUUCACUGAUGAGGAACUCUCCGCCACCAAAGGUCUAGGCAGUAGUCAGUCUUACAAGACCAAGGAAGGAGCAGGACCUGAGAGCAAGCCCAAGCAUGUGGCCCCAGAUGGGGGACAGGGGCCUCCACCCCCAACAGCCAGUCACUGUGAAGAAGGUUACCUGACCAGGCGCAGGAGCCAAAGCAGACUUUCGGACAAACCACCCCCUGAGAAAGAACAGACGAGCAAAACAAGGGAACGGGGCAGGGGGAAGAGAGUCAGUCUGUACAAAAAAGAACUGACUCCCAGUGAUCCCCUGGGGACAGGAGGGAAUAACAAGGUGGGGAAAGCAAGCCGAGGGAGGCCAAGGAGGAAGUUCAGUAAGGCGUCCUCUACCCCAACCCUUACAACGAGGCCCAGUUCAAGGGAACUAAGAAAACAACCCCGAAGAAGCAGCCCUGAUUCAGACCCUGAUGGCCAGGUCCAGGAUGGAACAGUUAACACACAUCCUGGGCCCAGGAGUCCUAAGAGGCACAGGUUCUCCAAGAAGGAAGGGAAGAGGAGGAAGGCACGAAAUGGUACCUGGAGCAAAGAACUUAUUCAUAAAAUUGUACAGCAGAAAAAUAAACCACAUAAACUACAAGUCAAAAACAGCCGAAUCAUGCAGUUCUCCCUGGUGACCCCAAAGCCUGUCCCCAUAACCAAAAGCGGGCAAUUUGGGGAAUAUGAUUACAUCUCUGAUUCUGAUGAGGAAGGAAGAGGAUGUUCUCUGGGUGCACCCAGGAAAAGACAGCCAGAAAGUUCCACCAUCAAUGGCAGGCCCAGACACAACUUUUUAAGACGAAACCGAGGAGACAAGGAACCAGGCCAGAAACAGGGAGGAAAGAGAUAUCAGGAUUCCCAGGAGGAUCCAUGUGAUGAAGCAGGGAAUAAGAAAGAGAGUGUGUCCCUGAGCCCAGAGAAGGUUUGUCAGCCUUCCCCUGGUGAUGAUCAAAGCACUAAUCCAGCCAGCCAGAUAGAGAAGCAGUCCCAAAGCACUGAUAAGGGAGAUUCUGACAAUGAAAAGGAAAGCAUCCCUGAGAUAAGGAGCCCAAGUGACUCUGACCACACUUUCCCUCUUCCAACGGGACUUCCACAGCUUCCCAACAAGGAGGAAACUUCACCAGAAAACUACCCAUUGCUAGAAGACUUUUCCAAGGAGAGCAAGAGAUCAGGAUCGGCCAAAGCAUCGUCAGCCAGAACCAAUCUCCUACCAAGUAGCAAGUCCAAUUUUCCACUGACCAAUUACGCAAAUGAAAAUGGAAGCACUAUGACCCAAGAAAAAACAAUGCAGAGCAAAGAAAGUGUAACCUACAAGCCCAGCCAGAUGGGCAGCAAAGAAACGGCAGCCUCAAAGUCCAAGAUGGGAGAAACCCAUGUUGAUAUGGUGCCACGGGAAGUCUCUGAAAGUCCAGUUCCAUCCACUUUGCAAGAUACCACCCAUAAUAUUGAGCCUUCAUUUUCUCCUUUCAAUGAGGACACCCUGAAGUACCAAACUGGAGAAUUAAUUAAUCCAUCCCAGGUUUCAAACUCUAUGGAUAUCAGCUACACAGAAGCCAGCAUGGAAUACUUAAAGAACCAUGACCCCGAUGCAGAGCCUAAAGACUUUGCCAUACCCACUGGCUGUUAUAAUGGGGAUCCCAUCAGGAUUAUGCUUUCUAGCAAAGGGCAUAAUUCUUAUGAGAGCAGCACUAAUGAAACAUCCCCCGGGCAAAAGGAUUUAAAGGAUCAUUAUGAUGCCAACCUAUAUUCAAAACCUUUGGUCCUAGGGUCAUCCCAUGUGGAGAACAUAUAUCUGGGCCAGGACAGCACCAGCCCUAAUACCUUUGAGCCCAGACCCUCCAAGAUUCCACCCUACACAACAGAACCUGAACCAGGCAAAGUCUCUCCCCCACUGAGCUUUGAUUCAUCAUCUAUAUUCGGUGGCCUUCCUGUCGCUGGAUUUGAUACUCCUCUCUAUGGCAGCAUGUCCCCCAGCAAGGUCAGCUACAUUCCUUUUGCCUGCGAGAGCACCUCAUCAAGCAAACCUACUGAACUUGAGCAACAGUACCCACCAUUUCUCCAUGAAAAGGCCUGGACUCUGGGAGAGGUGUCUCCAGUCCUGUCUGAUGACAUGAGCCAUUUUCAUGGCCUUUCAGUGGAAAAAUCAUUAGGUAAGAAAUUUCCUGAUGAAGGAACUGUGACUCCCAGCCAAAUCCCAUUGCCAGUCAAGAUAGGAGACUAUAAUGUACCUUUUAUGAAUAACAUGUCAGAGGAUGAGCUAGAAAUCAAGAGACUAGUCACAGAAUUGGAAAGUGAGCUUCAAACCAGCAAACUUGAUGAUGCUGCCCCUGGGGCCCUACACUCUCCUGAGCAUUUUAUUGCUUUAGAUGCACCUGAAACAACGAAACAGUUCUCACCUUCACCUCUCGGGCAAGAACCUGAGCAUGAAAAGCAUUUGUUCUUAGCCCAUGAGCUCACCAAUCUUGAGAACACAAAUCUUAUAGCACCCAAGGGUCAUAGUGGACCAGACUCAGGCGAGGAGAAAGAAGAAGUGGCCAGCAUGGAUGGAGACUAUGGAAGUCAUCAGGAAAGCUGGUCAUGUGCCAUAUCAUUUGACCCACUGACAACAAGCAUGCCCCCAAAUGCACCUGAAGAUACCGUCAAUAUAGAUCCUUUUGGCUCCCCAUUAACCUGUGACGAGUUUCAGCUUGAGCUCCAGGAAGCUGAUAUUUCAAAGCAGACCAGCUGCUCUGAGAUAGAAAAUGAAUCCCUCAUUAGUGCUGACCCCUCCCUUCCCAAUGUGUCUGAAAAAUUAGAGCUCUUAGCCUCUGCAGAGAGCUUGACAAAGAGCAGUCCCAUCAGAGAAUCUAUGAGUUCUAAAAAUAGGGAGGCUAGCAAAGUGGCUAAACAAGAUCCUCUGCACCUUCUCCCAAGAAAAACCAGAGAAGACAUGUUUCCAGAACCACACGAGAUGGCUCAAACCCUCAGUGAGCCACCCAAGCUGGAAGUAUUUGGCAAUCCAGUAACCCAUUUGAAAUCUGAAAUGGGUUUUCAGGAUGAUGGAGUUGCAGUCCUGGAUACCACCUCAUCUUCUGAUGCCAGAGAUUUCAACACUUCAGAGGAAAAAGCCCUCAAGAAAGCAAAUAGGACAGAAACUCUUAAGAGUGCAGUCAUCUCCCACCAAAGUGAAGAGGAGCCUAUACUGGAGGGGAACGAGGAAGCUGUGGCUUCAAUCUCUUAUCCACCAAUGCCAAUCUGUGAGAAGACUGGCAACAAGAAAGCCUCAUUAUUUGAGGUGCUGAGUUUGGCCAAAGACCCAGUUUGUGAUGAUGAAAUAGCACCGGCAUCCCAUGGUUCAAUGGCAAAUCCCCUACAAGAACUCCAGCUCUUUGUAGCCAGGACAGUCCAAAAUAACGAGGAAGAAAAAAUGCCCUCUUGCCUCACAGACCUACUAUCUGUCAGUCUCCAGCUCCCAAACACCAGCCCUUCUGAGCUGAAAGGGAAAAGUCAGGAAGAUGAGCACAUGGCUUGUGGCCACAACAAUGAUGAUGGAGUCAUGGAAGGUGGGCAAACAACACCUCUUUCCACCACAGUAGGAAUUCAGCUAUUCCCAGAGACAGAUGGAAAUCUAGAUUCACUCAGUGAAACAGAAUCAUUCCCUGCAAAGCAACCCAAAGUGGGGAGCCCCAAGGCACAAAAUCAUGUAUCCCAGCUACACCAGAGACCAGAACUGGGUGACCUUCAGAUCUGCCCAGAUGGUAUCUCACAAGACCCCAAUCCCUCCCCAUUCAGUAACAUAUCUGACUCCCCAGGGGCCAAAUUGACAAAAAGGGAAGAUCAAAACAACAGUGAGCUACAGCAAGACCACAACAUAGAAACCUGGCCAUUUAAAAAGCAUCAACAAUCCUCAUUAAGCCCUGUCUCUCUUGAGAAAGAGGAAUUGGGAGACACAAUAACAGAAACACAAAACAAAGGCAGUGCCUGGGGGAAGGAGGAGAAGCAGUUGCCCUCUGCUGAGAAAAGCAAAAGAACCCCUGAAAAAUCCCCUGAUAGGCCAACAGUGCUGCCUGCUUAUCCCCCAAGCCCCAAGCACCUCCUGGAGAAGGACCACUGGAAAAACCAAGCAACUUCAGUAUCACUUGCAGAAGCCAGUGUCUCUCCAAGGCAGUGCCUUCAGAACCCUCCCUCAGGAGAAGAAUCAGCCCUUGGUCUCCCUUUGCAGAUGACAGCUUCUGGCCAGGAAUGUCUACAGGGUGAUGGAGCUGAAAGCCUCCUGACUACUGUGGAUACUCAAGAUGAAAAAGAUGAAUACAGUGUCCUACUGCACAAUCCAGAGAGGAAGUCAACUCCUUUGUCUUUGGAGAAAAGCAUCUAUGAUCCUGAAAAAAGUCGAAAGUGUUGCCCUACACAGAGCCCAGUAGAAAAGCACACUGGUGAAGAUGUUCUUUCAACUCAGCCAGUAUUUCAGGACCAGAACGUCAGUGGCAAUGGCAGAUUCUGCCUAGAGAAGGACAUUUUAAAUAGCCAAGUGGAGUCUAGAGAAGAAGAACCAAGGAGGUCUCCUACUGCCUUUGACCUCAGCCAAGCUACAUUGUCUCCCCUGGUAGAAGAUGCCUCCCAGAAAACAGCAAUACAUGACUCCACUAUUUCCAACAUUCCACACUUAGGCCAGAAUGAUGUUGUCAGAAGGAUGCCCAUGAAAUGCACCUGCAUAGAGUUGGCAUGCCCCCACCACAUGGAAAACCAACCAAGAUCCCUCCCAGAUGUGACUCUCAAUAUCCACUCCCAAGAGAAAAGCAAAGCUUACCCAGAGGAUCCCGGGGACUAUCUGAUUAGCAGGGAAGCUAAAGUAGAGAAAGACCUGAGUUCUCAACAAGAAAAAGAAGCUAGAAACAAUGAAGAGGAGAUCUAUUCUGUAGCUUUGGGCCCUAAACUUACAAAGAUGCCUGAUGCCAACACUGGGGACCCAGAGGAUGUCCACCUUUUGGCUGCAACAGAGGUGAGCUCUUUCAAUUCUGUCUCUCCAAGUGUGGACCCAGGAAAGGCCAAUUUAAGAAUCAGUCCUUCUAAAAGCCACAGAAAUUAUCUGCCAGAAUCUUCCAUUGAUGAUGUGCAAAGCCACCUGGAUCCCAUCCAGGAAAAGAGUCGAUUUAAAAAGAAGCCACCAUCUUUGAGGAAUGGCCAGUGGAAAAGAAGCCCCCCCGAGGCAAAUGAGCUACAAGUCACAUGUGAUGUCUGCUCCUUGUCCUUCAAAUCCAAACCUGGCUUGAUGAGACACAAAGCUGUGAAACAUCGGAUAAGGAAUAAUGGCCCCCCAUUGCCAAAUAAGGCAACCAGAUCUAGCUCUGCUCCUUUGGAGAAGGAACCAAAAAUAUCAAGACACCACUCUAAGAAAAGCCUAAGGGCCAUGAAAGAAAAGGCAUGUGAUUCCCUAAUCAACAGCAGCCCUACUCCUGGACCACCUCUGGAGAAUGAGCCCAGCACCCAAGAACAUGAGGAGGUCAGUCCAGGGCUAAGUGGCCUCAGGGUUACGGCUCCUCCACUGACCCAUGAGCUCCUUCACUCAGACUUGGCGAAUGGCAAAGCAAAGAUGCAACCUCAGUCCUUGGAGCCUGGGAAAUCACACAAGUCACAUGGGAGGAAGCCUAGUCCUAAAAAAUUAGACAGGAGGCGAAAAGGUAGGAAGCGCCAAAGCAAAGAACCUGCAGAUUUAAACAGUGAUUCAGAAGGGAAAUUAAUUAGAGGAGUGAGAAAAAAGCAAGUGAAAAGAUUCCCAAGGAAAAAUGCAUGCAUUGAGGUUUCUGACUUGGAGAAGAAUAUCCCAGAAGUUUCUCCUGACAUGAGUUUAGAUAGACCUGACUCAAGUUCAUCAUCUACCAUUACCAAUUAUCCUGGGCAGUCAGAUAGUUCCCUCUUACCACCGGGAAAGGACUGGACUCAUUCAGUCCAGUCAUCUCUCAGUGCCAGACCAGUCCAUGAGACUUUCAAGGAUUUGGAUGAAAUGGGCAGUCAGAUACUAUUCACAGAAGAGACACUUGGCCAAAAGACCAUCAACAAUUUGAUGAAUGGUCAAGGGAGGUUGGAAAGCCCAUCUACAAGAGAUCAGGUCCAGGUUUUGGAGGAAGCCUGGGAAAACAAUUUCCUGAGGCCUGGAGAGGAAGGGCUGUGUAGCAUUUACAAUGAGAUGCAUGAAGAUACUCAUGGUACAAAUGUAGAGGAAUAUGUGAUGGAAAGAAAGAAGUUAGAAGAAGGCACAUUGGGAAAGCAUGUUUUGCCCCUGAAGAAGGCACCCUUAAGUCCCACUAAGCCAGACCUGCCCUUAGGAGCUUCAGAUCCAGAAAAAAGAAAAACCAUAACAACCAACAGUCUACCACGGGUCUUCUCAGAGGACACCGUGAUGGACUCAGAAGCCCAGGAAGGGAACAAAGGAGAGCAGAGCAAAGAGUCCUUUGCCAAAGAUCAGGCCAAAGUGGACCUCCAGCACUUAUUUGAUGAUGAUGCCACAUUUUCUCUUCUCUUCCCAAGGGAUGAUCACUUCUCCCGGAGGAAGUGCACCCGUGUUUAUGGGAAAGGGCCCAAGAAACCCAAACCAGUUAUAGAGACCAGCAGCCAGAUGGUAGGGUCCACAGAAAUGUUCUCCAUCCGCCUGCCAUCUGAUCUCAGUGACACUGACUCUUUCUGUGUCACCCAGGAAGACCCCUGUAAUUACGAGUCCAUGUCUUUCCAUGAUGCCUUCACGCUGGACAUGUGUCAUGGGAAUGACGCCUGGUCUCUGAGUCCUGGUAUAGGGACUCAUAAGCCAGAGAGUGAAACAGACAGUGACAACAAGAUGGGCCUCAACCUGGAUGAUGAUGAAAUGUUGACUUAUCUCUGCCCAAACAAUCGGUUGGAAGCCAUCCCCAGCUUGCACAUAUCACCAGCUGUUUGGAAUGACCUGGACGUUCUGGAUCAUUGUAAUGAAAUGUCUUUCAAGUCACCUUUAGAAGCUAAGAAUGAGUAUUCUUUGGGAGAAGUAAGUCCUGAGCCUCCAGAGCUGGAGGUAGAAACCUAUGCUGCUGGCCAUAUCCCCGAGAACCCAGACUCCCCAGAACUUCAUCCCAUUGACCUUGAGCUGCUGAGCACAAAGUUUGAAAUGAGAGACAUGCAUUUCUUUAGCACUUGUGAAGACUGUUCAGGCCAGUCUGACCCAAGCACUUUAAGUUUUAAGAAGAAGGUGAAUGAACACAUCCAACCUAACAAACCAAAAGAAGAGGAAGGGAAAAGGGGGAGAAGUCGGAGUGACAUGACCAUCAAGACCAGGGAAAAGCACUACAAGUGUAAGGUAUGCUUCCAGUGGUUCCUCACCCUGGGGGAGUUGGAUUUUCAUAAACUCACACACAACCCAUCCCCUCCCCCAACAUGCUACAUGUGUGUCCAGAGGAAAUUCAGUUCUAGGGAACAACUGAAGGAGCAUUUAAAAGGGAAACAUGCCAAGAACAAGGUAGGCCUUUGGGCCUGUGGCAUGUGCCUGAAGGAGAUCUCAGAUGUCUGGAUGUACAACGAACACUUACGAGAGCAUGCUGCAAAGUUUGCUCGGAAAGGUCAAGUUCAGAAAUGCAUGACAGGGUUGCCCACCUGCUUUGGAGAGGACAAUGCAGUUACUCAGUUCCUGAACACCAUCAUGAAUCGGAAGGCCAGAUCCUCCCGAGGCAAGCGCUCUGCUAGUAAGGGGAGCAAAGAUCCCAAAGUGCAAGAGUCCAAAGGAAGUCAAGAUAUCAUGGAAGGCAGCGGUAAGAGCAAGCCCCUGGCUCAAACCAACACUCCUGCCAACAGCAGCUUCCCCACCAUGACCACUGCUCCAUCCAGUUCUUCCAAAGUAGGGUCUCCUGAUCCUGGACCUAGUGGCGAGCAACCUUCCAAAGUGGUCCCCAUGCACCCCCAGUGCAAAGACCCUUCUAGGGAUUGCCACCACUGUGGAAAGCAAUUCCCCAAGCCCUUCAAACUCCAGCGCCACCUGGUGGUGCACAGCCUUGAGAAGAUCUACAUGUGUACCCGAUGUCCCAAGUUCUACAAGGAGACCCGAGAGCUCCGUGGUCACCUGAGCCAGGAGCAUGGUGUGAAGGAAAAGCCAGAAAUCAAGCACACCACGCUGUAUGCAUGUGAGCUCUGUGCUGAUGUAAUGCAUGUCAUCAAAAAGUCCUUUAUCUGCAGCACGUGCAACUAUACUUUCUCCAAGAAGGAGCAAUAUGAACGGCACAUGGAGAAGCACCUAGCAGAAGGGAACCGGACUUUCAAAUUCAGGGGGGUGAUGAGACCAGGUGCUGGGGCAAGGGAGGGAAAGGAGAGGAAGAAAAAGGAAGUCAGUUCCCAGGAGAGCAUGCCACCUAACAAAAAGAGAAAAGUGGCACUCCCCAACAGCCUUCCAGGGCCAGAUGCUGAGGGGACAUCAGGCCCACCAGAUCACAAUGUUGGCAACAAUCCUACCUUGGGUGACAAAUCUCCCCCAAUUCUAUACAAGCCCUUCUUAGAAGAAGCACCCAGCUCCCCAGCAAGACUGUCCAGUGAAGAAAAACCCAAGGACCUGAUGGGCUGCUUCUCUGACCACUUGGACAAAAUAGAGGGUUAUCCCCUUGAGCUCUUACAGUUACCUCCACCAUGCCUAUCCCCUCUCUCAGACACUCCUCUCUCAGAUACCCCAGAAGAAUGCAAGGAGAGUAAUAGUAUGGCACUACUAUAUAUAGAGGAGGCAAAAGAUGAUCUCUCUUCAAGGAGCCCUGCUCCUUUUCUAGAAACAAGCAAGCUGGAACAAGACUUGCCUAUACUUCCAGUUGGGAGGAGUCAAGAAGUUGAUGAAAAUCUUACACUUCGCCUGGCUCCAAUGCAAAGCAGACACACAAAUACUCAAAAUAAACCAGCAGUGAAUGCUGACAAAGAGACACUUGACUAUCCCAGUUCCCCAGGACAUACAACAACUGAGACCCACUUGGUCAGAACAGGGAAGAAAAUCCCCAUAUCACACAGCAACAAGACGGAGGCUCCAUGGCCCAAAGAAACCCAGAAGGCCCCAGGAAGUGGAACCACAGUAUCCCAGAAAGAAAGUUCCUCCAAACUUGGUUCUACUAAGAUUCCCCAUCCUGCACAGCCUCUCAAGGAUCGAACAGCAUCACCAAUUCUAAAUAGAGCCACCAAGGACUCAGCCCCCCAGCAGAAAACAACAAUCAACCAUGUUCCCAAAGAGGCAGCCUCCAGUGCACCCUGUGCUGAGGAUGUACCAAGACCCACCACCCUAAAAACCAAACCCAACCAGAGUCCUCGGUCUAAAGACAGUGUUGGGAGCAAUGUCAAAGAAGGAGCUGGUAGUCAGUCAAAGUCCACCAGCACUCAUCUCAAAAGUGAGACAGCAAUGAUCUCAACUAAGCCAGACCACAAAGAUCUUGGCAUAUCCCCUGACAAGCCAGCUUUGAGCAUCUCCACCAAAGCAUUCUCCAAGAGACAAAAAGAACACAGGGACUUGGGGCACAAAGGAAGCUUAGGCUCCAGAGAGAACAUCAAGGGUGAUGGGAAGAAGAAGAAAGCUCCAGAGAUGAGUAGGUGUGAAGGCCCAAGGGACUUAAAAAAAGCAGAGUGGACAAGUAAUAAUAGCUCCAUACCGUCCUCUAGGAGGCGUGGGACUCAGAACAACAGAGUCUCCAAACCCAGACCUUCAGGGACAAGCAGCCAGCUCAAGAAAACUGUGCCUGACCCUUACAAUCAGAAGAAAAUAGAAACUCACCACCACAAAAGGAAUGCCAAAUGCAAGAAAGGGAUCUUGGGGAAAUCUUUCCGGGAAGUGGUACCCAAAGGAGCUCCCUCAUCCCUCCACAGCACUGUAAAGAGGGGUAGAACUGUCCAAGGUGCUAAACCUGCUGAAACUCACAAGUAUAGAACAGUUGAAUCCCAGAACAAUCUUCUAAGCCAACUGUUUGGCCAAAAAUUAACUAGCUUUAAAAUUCCUUUAAGAAGAGAUACUUCUGAGUAA